UCAGCAUCAGAUCUGUGGGCAGGUCUCUUCAGCAUCAGAUCUGUGGGCAGGUCUCCUCAGCAUCAGAUCUGUGGGCAGGUCUCCUCAGCGUCAGAGUUGUGGGCAGGUCUCUUCAGCAUCAGCGCUUCUCUCCACAGCGCUCGAGUUUCUUUGCAGCAACAGCAGGGGUCUGUUGCUGAUGCUGUCAACUUAACAUCUCAUCUGCGAUUCUCUGCAUCUUGUUACAUGAAUGGAUACCUAUUGAUUCCUUCACCCUGAAAUAUUCUCAACAGACUUGCUCUUUUCAUAGUGAAUUAGAGAUAGAGAUGUCACCCUGUAAAGAAGUCGGACAGGCGGAAAGUUAAAGGCAAUCCAUAAGUAAAGGUGGACGAAAGAUCAAGGUGAUCUCAUCUUCAUUGACACACAUUGUUGUCUGCCACCUCUGGGCUGGUCCUCUGCUCCACUACCCAUCAGAAUGAGUGACUCACAGGAAGCAACAUCCCCAGUGGCAGGCAUAGGCGGACCGGUUGCUUGCGUGUCCAAGGUGGAGCUGCGCGCGUCCUGCAAGUCCCUGCUGGACAGAGACACGCUCAACAAGUCAGACCCCUGUGUCAUCCUCAUGGUACAGAACCAGGGCCAGUGGACGGAACUGGAUCGUACUGAGGUGAUCAAGAGUAACCUGAAUCCAGUCUUUGCUAAAGUCUUAAUGCUGGAUUAUUACUUUGAGGAAGUUCAGAAACUACGCUUCGAGGUCUACGACAUCCACGGAACCCACAGUAUUGGAACCCGCGAUGAUGACUUCCUGGGUGGUGUGGAGUGCACGCUUGGACAGAUAGUGGCACAAAAGAAGAUGGCGAAACCUCUUCUGCUAAAAUAUGGAAAAUAUGCUGGAAAGUCCACAAUCACAAUUCAUGCAGAAGAGAUAUCUGGAAACAACGGCUAUGUAGAACUUUCCUUUUGUGCCAAGAAGCUGGAUGAUAAGGAUCUCUUCAGCAAGUCAGAUCCAUUCCUAGAGAUUUACCGAAUCAAUGAUGAUGGAACAGAACAGCUUGUACACAGAACUGAAGUGAUUAAAAACAAUCUGAACCCUGUGUGGGAGCCGUUCAAAGUGUCUCUCAUUUCUCUGUGUAGCUGUGACGAUGAGAGGAAGUUAAAGUGUUUAGUCUGGGAUUAUGACUCCAGAGGAAAGCACGACUUCAUUGGCGAAUUUUACACCAAUUUCAAAGAAAUGCAGAAGAUUUCCUCAGGAAAUAAGGUCACGUGGGAGUGCAUCAAUCCAAAGUACAAGCUGAAGAAAAAGAACUACAAGAACUCGGGGCUGGUUAUUCUCAGCGAUCUCAAGCUUCACAGAGUCUAUUCCUUCCUGGACUACAUCAUGGGAGGCUGCCAAAUACACUUCACAGUUGCCAUCGACUUCACAGCGUCUAAUGGAGACCCUCGCAAUAGCUGUUCCCUACACUACAUCAACCCCUAUCAGCCAAAUGAGUAUCUGAAAGCUUUGAUAGCUGUGGGCGAGAUCUGCCAGGACUAUGACAGUGACAAGCGCUUCUCUGCUUUGGGCUUUGGGGCAAGAAUUCCACCAAAUUAUGAGGUGUCACAUGAUUUUGCCAUCAAUUUUAACCCAGAAGAUGAUGAAUGUGAAGAGAUCCAGGGGGUCGUGGAAGCUUAUCAAAACUGCCUCCCCAAGAUCCAGCUGUAUGGUCCGACUAACGUUGCUCCCAUCAUCAACAGAAUAGCAAAACAGGCGGCUGGGAAAGAACCCAUCAAAGACGCUUCUCGUUAUCACAUCCUGCUGAUCCUCACAGAUGGGGUGGUAACAGAUAUGGCCGACACACGGGAGGCCAUUGUACGGGCGUCCUACCAACCCAUGUCUAUCAUCAUAGUGGGCGUGGGAAAUGCAGACUUUACAGACAUGCAGAUUCUUGAUGGGGAUGAUGGAGUCCUGCGUUCACCCAAAGGAGAACCUGUCUUGAGAGACAUUGUGCAGUUUGUGCCAUUCAGAGACUUUAAAACGGCUUCACCGGCAGCUCUGGCGAAGUGCGUCCUAGCAGAGGUGCCUAAACAGGUAGUGGAGUACUUCAGUCACAAGGCAAUACCGCCCAUCAACCCAGUGCUGCAUUCCGCCCCCAACUCCAUCGCCAACACACCAGAAUAACACUUCAACUACCCUGCCCUGUGUACUUUUACAGUACUGCAAACGGGAGAGCUGGGACAGGGCUACUCGACCACCACAGUACAUCGGUACAGUUCACAGUAGUAUUACAUUUUCAUCAUACUGGUGUUCAUACAGACUGGUUUUUUUCUGAAAUCUCGGUGCCCUUGACAAUGACAGCUCACCCAGCAUGCAAACCUGGUGGCCUUGUACAUCUGCCCGUGCGAGGCACUUUGAAGAGCCAGACAAUACAUGAAAUUCUCAUCAGGACGACAGGCCCUCUGAUCCCGCUUGGCUCUUUACAGAUGCACGGUGUUCUUCAGAGCACUUUGGGAUUUUGCUCUGCGAUUGUCCUGUUUUCAUUUCUGGACUCCUUGAGGACUGGAACCGAAAUGUUCAAAAAUAUACAAUGUAUGAAAAUUCUGUUAUAGAUAAUAGCAUGUAUGAAGACUGGGUUUGGCUUUAGCUAUGCUGGACGGAUAUGCAUGUCACUGCUAAAAUCACCAUCUUAAUAUAUACAGUAGAUACGUGGUUGGGAGUUAUGUAAAUACGCGAUAUGAAUAUUUGAGCUUCAUAUAGGAUCUCCCCAACGUUCUUCUCUAACCUCACAUCAAUCGAAUGCGUAAACGGAGUCUGAUUGGGUAGCUUUAUUUUUGGGGAACGCACUUCACCUUUAAAUGUGUUAUGCAAAACGUACAGUAGGCAAAGCAGCAGUUUUUAUUAUAUUAGAAUCAGAUAUUUGCGUUUACUUCUGUUUAGUAACACAUGACAUUAAAGUGCAAAUGGCAUGAAGAAACUCAUUAUUAAUACCAUAUUGCAUCAGACAACACAGUGACUGAGAACAAUAUAGCCGUGUCAUAUACAGUACAUAUGAUUAUGCAAUUCUGUGUGCAUGAUCACAAAUACUGAAUACAAAUUUGUACAUUCACAAAACAUGGAUGCCUAUAUUUACUCAUUACACCUGCAAUAUAUUGGAUAAACAGCGAUAACAAAGACAAAAAUAUAACUUCCCAAUAACCAUGUGCACAUUUUUCUUAAUGGCAAUUUGGUGAAAUAACCAAAAAUAACUCAUAAAAUGAAAGUUGCAUUGCAGAAACAAACUCUAGGUUAUCAAGCAUUACUUAUCUAUUGUACUUUUUUCAAGUAGUCGCUUGAAACAUAAAAACUGUGACAAUGCACACACUCUUAAAUAUGUUGGGUUAUUUGAAUCCAUUGUUGGGUCAAAAAUGGACAAAACCAACAGUUGGGUUAAAUUAACCCCAAAUAUGGUUAUAUUUGACCCAACAAUGGGUUAAAACAAUCAAGCAUUUUGGUUUGAAACAACCCAGCAUAGGUUCAUUUAUAACCCAACAUUCGUCCAUUUUUGACCCAAUGCUGGGUUGAAACAACCCAACUUUUUUUUUAGAGCGCAAUAUGCAUAUGAUAACGUACUAUAUUUUGGCUCAAGGAAAAAAAUAGUUUAAAGUAUUUAAACAUUGUACUUUUUUGCAACCCUGUACCGCUAAAUUAAUGGUUUAGCCUUACCCGUUAACAUAGACUACAUAUAACGGCAUGUAUACACUCAAAAAACUGAUUUGUUGGAUUUACACAAAAAUGUAGUGUCAAGUGGUUCCACGCAAAUAUGUUGAGUAUGUCCUACAAUUAACAGUUUAGUUGUAUGAACAAAAGAAAUUUAAUUAAAUAGACAAAACCUUUUUGAGUAAAUCCAAACCAUUCCGAUUGUACCAGUAAAUUUAAGUUAAUUAAACUCAAUAUUUAUCCUUCUCAAUGGUACAUUUUGUUGUCAUACAUAAAUUAUAUACAGACUUACUGCAUGUAAGUCAAAACACAAUGAGCAAAUCAGAUGAGAGGCAUCUCAGUACUGGCAUUAGCACAGUUAAUGCUCAUUGAAUGAAGCAAUAGACAUCAUAGGUGCGCUUUAAACUCUCACAGACUAAGCACAUGUACCACUCUUCUAGCAAUGAUAACCCUAAAACUCAAAAAUACAACAAACUCUUUUAAACUUCAAAGAUAAAUUAACAUUGAGCACAUAUAAGUCUUUAUCUUUACUUAAAAUAACACUAAAUUUAGAAAUUUACUGCCUGAAUGCAGUCUUACGCAAAGCAUGCUGGGAAUUGAAAAUCCCCCUCAACCUGUCGUGUUGAAUUAACUUGUUUAUAUUAAGUAAACUCAACAAUAGGUCCAAUAUUAUAAGGUUUUGCCUUUUACUCAACGAUGUUAAAUUGACCAGUCAAACGCUUGUUAAGUAAAGCCGACAGUACUACAUUUUUAGUAUAAAUAACAUAGUUAACUUACGUUAAUGUAGUUACUUGCAUUCUUUAUGUACUGUGAACAAGGAUGGGUUUAGUAAAACUAACAACAGCGACAGUUCAUUUUUUUGAGUGUAGUUUCGAGCAUAGAAUUAUCUUGCUUUUCAGAUUAUUGCACAGCUUUAAAGUGAAAAGAGUCACAUGCAUGGUGACGUGUCCAUUGAUGUGCUUAGUAUAUAUAUAUCCAAGCGCAUGAAUGGCCUGAACUCUUGCUCACCCUCUCCACCUACAGUAUUUUGCAGUGUAUACAUGCCAGUAUUGCAUGAAUGCUUAUCAUUUAAUUAUGUAAAUGAGGGUUGCCAGGUUUUGAUUCUAACGUGCUGUUGAUUUCUGUUUUUUUGCAAAGUGCAGUGCUCCUGUACAUUGCAUUUUUGUUCAUUUGUUGUUUUCCUGCUUGCUUAUUUUUUUAUUCGAUUCCAAAUUCACUACAUUGCAUGUUUGGUGUAUCCUGAGGUGAGUACUGAAAUUGUUUUCUCUUGUUUGGAGGAAGUGUGUCAUGCACACAAGAAGAAGAGCGUGUUUGGAGAUCGUGGGUCAUCAACACCGUGGUAUUUCACAGACUAAGGUCAUUGCCAUUUUUUCUGGUUGAACAGCAUCUUUUGAUAUUCAGACACCCGAGUCAUUAGGCUACAUCAAAUCUGCUUAAAGACUUUGUGGAAGACGUCUGCUGCAGGCUGAGACAUUAUAUCAAAGAAAAGCUAGACAGAUUAAUUUGUCCAGAAAAAAAAUCACCAUUUAAUUAUUACACAUUACUGCCUAAGGCACUGUAUUGAAAGACGCAGGAGGAAUCCUUUCAGCAUUUAUCCUUGUUUUGUCUCACUUAUGUUUAAGCAUUGUGUUUUGAUUUGAAUCCCUUUGGGAAGCUGUGAUUUACUGCAUGCCCUCCUCUGUGUUAAUAUACCUGUCUGAUUUUCUUCAAUGUUUUGUUGGAAGCGAGUCUGCCAUUGCACCAGCCCGUUUCCUGUAGUCUAGACUCGUAAUUCUGCAUCAACACUAAUAAAUCUUUUAAUAAUUUAACUCAAUGGUAGUGUAUGUCAUGUGCAUUAACGGUCCAAUGUUUGGAUACAGACACUUAUUCAGCAUUGGGAUUUUCCACAUUUUAAGAUAAUUUGUAAAAUCAACAAAAGUAUCAUAACAUAAAGGAGUUAUGUGUAUAAAUGAUUGUGAUUUAUUUGCAAGUAGCAGCCUGUAAAGGC